AUGAAGGCUUUGGUGGUAAUAUUUCUAUUUGUGGUUGUUUAUGCAAAACAUGAACAGUACGAGGGAUGGAAGUCGUACUAUAUAGGUCCAAAAACACAAGAACAACUUCAAGCAAUAGGUAGUUUAGCUGAGGAAUUUGAAUUGGAUGUUCUUGCCUAUGCUAAUUUGGAACGUGAGGGUGUUGUACUAGUGAAGCCAGAAUACCAAGAUGGAUUUAUCAAGGCUUUGGAAGAAAGGGACUUUGCAUAUAAGAUCCACUCUGCUGAUGUGAAGCAAUCUCUUGAAUAUGAUGACAUAGCAAUUGAGAACAGAAGAAAGGAAAAUCUGGCCCGGAAUGGCAGAGAAUUACCAUAUGAUAAUUACCAAGAAUUAGAAGUGAUUGAAGAUUACCUCCGUCACGUUGCCAGUCGUUAUGCAGAUAAAGCUACUUUAGUUUCUGGUGCUGAUUCCUUCGAAGGUCGACCUAUAUAUUAUCUGAAAAUCUCUACCACCAAUUUCGAGGAUACCAGCAAGCCAGUAAUAUUUAUUGAUGCGGGCAUUCAUGCAAGAGAAUGGAUUUCUCCUCCAACAGUCACAUGGGCUAUACAUAAACUUCUAGAAGAUGUCACUGAGCCUGAUCUCCUGGAGCGGUUUGAUUGGAUCCUGAUACCUGUUGUAAACCCUGAUGGAUACAAAUUCACUUUUACAGAUACUCGUUUCUGGCGCAAAACUCGUUCUAUUGAUCAAAAUGUAACAUGCCCAGGAGUAGACGGCAACCGCAACUACGAUUUCUACUGGAACACAGUUGGCACUAGCAACAAUUCUUGUGCUGACACAUUCGCUGGCAGUCGACCAUUCUCUGAGAUCGAAACUAGAGUCGUCGAUAGCCUUCUUAAUGAGUAUCUCGAUAGAAUCGCUCUGUAUUUGACCAUGCAUAGCUAUGGGAGCAUGAUACUUUACUCAUGGGGCCAUAAUGGUACUCUUUCUGACAACGCUAUAAAUUUGCAUAUAGUUGGUAUUGCAAUGGCUGAAGAAAUCCUCGUUCAUUCCUUACCCCAUUUCCCUACAUAUUUAGUAGGUAAUGCAGUGCUCGUUAUUGGAUAUGCAGCAUCUGGAGCAUCUGAAGACUACGCCCAUUCUAUUGGCAUCCCAUUGGCGUAUACUUACGAGCUGCCUGGUCUAUCUGGAGGUCUUAAUGGAUUCCAUUUAGACCCGAGAUACAUUGAACAGGUGUCUCGUGAAACUUGGGAAGGUAUAGCAGUUGGUGCAAGAAUAGCUGGCGAUUUAUUUGUUAAAAAAUAA